AUUCAUAGAUCUGUGGACCACAUUUGGAGUACUGCAUAAACAGAACCUUGAAUUUUGCUCUAAGUGCCUUGGAAAGCAUACCUGGGGAGGCAGGACAAAGGAGAAUCAAUGAUGACUUACAGGAAUGUGAUGGUGUUCCUUAUCAAGGUGGAGCAGACCCAUGGAGAACAACUACAAUUGAAGGAGAGGGCAAAAGUUCUGCUUUGAACAUAUUAAAUGAGAGAUGUCUAGACCUCCCGGGGGAGAGGUCAAGAAGGGACUUAGAUAUAUGGGUCUGGGGCUUGCCACAGAGGUCAGAGCCAGAGUUCUGGUGGAGUCAUGACAACCUGAAUUUAAAGUUGUAGACCAACCAAGUUAUCUAGCAAAUGUCAUAAUGAAAGAAAAGCAAACUCCAGACCUAGAUGUGUGACAAUUCUGAUGUGAGAGCAGACUCCAACAUUCUCAGUAUCCAGGAAUUUUGAAUCUAACAUUUAUGGAGCCUCAAGGCUUCAUGAAACAUAGAAUGAAAUCCCCCAAAGUAGUAAUCUGUAAAUAUGUAUGAAAUGCAUAGGUGAGCUCCAAAACACCCUUCCAACUCUGAGAUUUUGUGAUUCCAACAUGAUGCGAACUUCAUUACUCAGAAGUGUUGGAUGUGAUCUUGUUGGGAAAAAGGGUAUUCUUUGUAGAUGUCAUUGAAUUAAGGAUCCUGAGUGGUCCCUAAAUCUGAUCACAAGUGUCCUCGGAAGAGACAGAACAGAGGAGAGACAGAAAGAGAAGAGAAGAAGGCCAGGUGACCACAGCAGAGAUUGGAGGGUUGCAGCCUUAAACCAAGGAAGCCAAGGCUUGCAUGCCGCUACCAGAAGCUGCAAGUGGCAAGAAGGAUUCUCACUGAAAGACUCCAGAGCGAGUGCAGCCCUAUUUGACAUGCCAGCCCUGCCAACAACACCUUGACUUCAGACUUCUGACCUCCAGUACCCUGAGAAAAUGGAUUUCUCUUGUUUUAAGCCAUUCAGUUUGUGGUGAUUUGUUAUAGCAUCCCCCAGGAAACUAAUGUGCAGGAUGUCUUUUAUAUCUUUUAGUUGAUGCUAUUGCAGCCUUUGCUCUGGAUCCAAGCUUUGUCCUGACCCAGUGCCCCUGAUCUCUGGCUACACAGUUGGGUCGCCUAGAGAAUUCAUAAAGCGUGCUUUUGUCUGGGGCACACACUCAGAGAUUCUGCUCCUGUCUGGCACUGGUGUAGAGCCAGAGUUGCGUGACCUCCUGGAGUGGUCUUCCUCGUGCGUCAGCGCGCAGUCAGGAGUGCAAUGCCGUUCCCAAUGUGCGCUCAUCUGUGAGGGGCUUUGACAAAGACUCACUGCAUCCAUUGACUCCCCGGGAAGUCUGAGGUCACAAGCUUGGCUGGUGCACAUGAGCCCAAUAAAGAAGAUGGUUUUGCCCUCCUGAAACAAAGCCAGAAACUUGAUCUCUUCAUUGUGCACUUUGGACCAUGUGCUAACGAUGAGGAUUUUUCUAAUACUAAUCCGCCUAAUGACGGCUUCUCCCAGCCCUUACACAAACCCCACAAGGCCCCGUGGCUUGGCAAGCCAGACAGAAUAAAGGCAGCACGGCAUUUGGCUUUUGAACUGAGUUCAAGGCAAUUAAAGUCAAGGGCUAAGGAGGGAAGGAGGGGGUAUAGAAAUGCCAGCAUAAUAAGCAGUGUGACUGGAGCACUCUGCAAAUUAACUCAAUUAGACAAAGCCCGAUUUAACGGGGGAAGAUGGUGAGAAGCACUGCCCUCAUUAAAUUUGGCUGUUAGAGGCGCUCCUAAUGAAAUUAAAUUUGUGUUAGUCGUUUGAGUCACAUAAAAUAGUGUGUACAUGUGCCUGUACACACAUGCACACGUGAAGGGUUUGUGAUUUGGGUAGGUAUUUUUUUUAGGGGGAGAGGGAUAGAAUGCAAAAAACUAUAUACUAAAAAGAGAAAAAGACAGCGAAUGCUCAAGAGCUCAAGAGUGGAAGACUAGGAGAAAGGGAAGACAUAAAGAAGGACUGGGAAGGGAGAGCCAGUUAUCACCCAGCCAUGAGCCUGCUUCAGCUGGGACUCCUGUUCCUGUGCCUGGACUGUGGAAUCCUGCCUGGGGCUUGGGCUCAGUUCCCUCGGGUGUGCAUGACCUUCGAUAGCCUGGUGAACAAGGAAUGCUGCCCGCCCCUGGGUGCAGAGCCCUCCAACAUCUGUGGUUCUCAGGAUGGCCGGGGGCAGUGUGCAGAGGUACAAACUGACACCAGGCCCUGGAGUGGCCCUUAUGUCCUGCGAAACCAGGAUGACCGUGAGCAGUGGCCAAGGAAGUUCUUCAACCGGACCUGCAAGUGCACAGGAAACUUUGCUGGUUACCGCUGUGGAGACUGCAAGUUUGGCUGGACUGGCCCCAACUGUGAUCAGAGGAAACCGGCAGUUGUUCGGCGGAACAUCCAUUCCCUGUCUGCUCAGGAGAGGGAGCAGUUCUUGGGUGCCUUAGACCUGGCAAAGAAGAGCCCACACCCCGACUACGUGAUUGCCACGCAGCACUGGCUGGGCCUUCUUGGGCCCAAUAGGACCCAGCCUCAGAUCGCCAAUUGCAGCAUAUAUGACUUUUUUGUGUGGCUCCAUUAUUAUUCUGUUAGAGAUACAUUAUUAGGACCAGGGCGCCCCUAUAAGGCCAUAGAUUUUUCACACCAAGGGCCUGCCUUUGUUACCUGGCACCGGUACCACUUGAUGUGGCUGGAAAGAGAUCUCCAGCGACUUACAGGCAAUGAGUCCUUUGCUUUGCCGUACUGGAACUUUGCCACCGGGAGGAAUGAAUGUGAUGUGUGCACAGACCAGCUGCUUGGGGCAGCAAGACAAGAGGAUCCAACUCUGAUCAGUCAGAACUCACGGUUCUCCAACUGGGAGAUUGUCUGUAACAGUUUGGAUGACUACAACCGCCGGGUCACGCUGUGUAAUGGCACCUAUGAAGGUUUGCUGAGAAGAAAUCAAGUGGGAAGAAAUAGUGAGAAGCUGCCAACCUUAAGAAACAUACAAGACUGUCUGUCUCUGCAGAAGUUUGACAAUCCUCCUUUCUUCCAGAACUCUACCUUCAGCUUCAGGAAUGCCCUGGAAGGGUUUGAUAAAGCGGAUGGGACCCUGGACUCUCAAGUGAGGAGUCUUCAUAACUUGGUACACUCUUUCCUGAAUGGAACAAGCGCUUUGCCACAUUCUGCUGCCAAUGACCCUGUUUUUGUGGUCCUUCAUUCCUUUACUGAUGCCAUCUUUGAUGAGUGGAUGAAAAGAUAUGACCCUCCCAUAGAUGCCUGGCCUCAGGAGCUGGCACCCAUUGGUCACAAUCGCAGGUAUAACAUGGUGCCGUUCUUCCCUCCGGUGACAAAUGAGGAACUGUUUGUAACCACAGAGCAACUUGGCUAUACCUAUGCCAUUGAUCUGCCAGUUGAAGAAACUCCAGGUUGGACCACAACCUUCUCAGUGGUUUUGGGAACACUGGUGGCUUUCGUUGGUGUUUUGGCACUGCUUGUUUUCCUUCAAUAUAGAAGGAUUCGGAGAGGAUACACACCCCUGAUAGAGACACAUUUAAGCAACAAAAGAUACACAGAAGAAGCCUAGGGAGUUCAUGACUUGCUUAAGAGACCACCAACCUGCAGGUCUGACCCCGACGGAAAUCAAGCCAAUCCUCACUGACUGUGAUAAUAAUCACAUUGUUCCCGAUGUUCUUCACAGGUGUUGCCGAUGACCCCAGAUGGCGAAGAUGCUUGUAGUUUGCUUGUUGCUAAAGAGUAAUCCAAGUUAGGAUAGAGCUGACAAAUUGAGAUAUCUGAUAAGAAUUGUCCAUAUCGAUUAAGCCACUUCUUGUUCAGAAAGCACUAAAUAACAAAAAAAUUGACCAAAUUUAAAUUGUAGGUCAGUGUCACUUGAGACCUGGAUAAAAUCAUGAUUCAAUCUGUUUGGCUCACCUGUCUUCAGUUAUAGCGAUGUGAAGGAGGAGAGGGGUGGGGGGAGCAGAUGAAUCUCCAAGAUUCAUCCUACCUAUAAACACCUGUGCUCUAGGUAUACUUCUUUUAUCUCAAUUUAAGAGGGAGAAGGGGAGAAGGAGAGAGAGGUAUUUCAUACACUGGUUCAUUUCCUAAAUGUCACAAUGGCCAAGACUGGGCUGGGCUGAAAGCAAGAGCCAGGAACUCAGUCUAGGUCUCCCAUACAGUGGUAGGGAUCCAAGUACUCGAGCCAUCACUUGCUGCAUCCAAGGGUGUGCGUUAGCAGGAAGUUAGAAUUGGUAGCAAAGUCAGAAUUUGAACCCAGGAAAUCCAAUAUUGAAUGCAGAAAUCCCAAGUGGCAUCUUAACCCCUAUGGCCAACUCCUGCCCUCUUGGUGCCCUUCUGUUAAUCUUCCUUGGGCUUCUUUUUUCUUUCUAGCCUUGAAGAUGAAAAUAUACUCAGUUUCCACAUAGGAUGGGGAAUAAAUGAAUGAAAGAUCAAUUCAAUAUUCUUUUGUAAGUUAGACUUUCCACAAUUUAUUAAAAAUCUGCAGUUCUGAACCAAAGACUUGUUAGAAGAUUCAGUGGUUGGAUUUACAUUGCUCCUGUAGUGAUAAACAGAAAAGGGAAUAAAAAUACACAGUUUUCUAAUUAAUCUACUGUUCCAAACCCAUUCACAAGUAUUGACUCACUCUUUCCACAGAAGACUGACUGGAGAAAGCUACUGAAGCUCUAAGCUUGCACAUGAGUCAAUUUGAUUAGAGUCCCAUUACUUUUAGGUCUCAUUUGCUGAUCCUAAGUCUUUUCAAAGCUUUACUAGGUAGCCUCAGAGGAAAAACUCAAACAUAAUGCAUCUGGCUUACUUUAAAGAGUUGGCAUUAGAUUCACUAAUGCUGCACUGUAUUGGUAGUUAGUGAUGAGUGCUAAUCAGUUAAGUCAUUAUUUGAAAGUAAAUAAUCUGUACAAAAUAUGACAAUUCAGAACUAAAUUGUUAUUUUCUGCUAAAUACUCACCAGUUCUUGAGGAAUAAGAAUGAGUCAAUAUUCACUACAACGUUCAGACUUAUCAUGAUUUCCCUUCCUUCUGAGAAGCUAAUGGCUAGUGAGAUUUCAAGGCAAAUUUCACCUGCACAUAUCUGGUGUCAGUACACAUAUCUGGUGACCCAUCUGUAGGCUUGUUAUGGUCCCUCUACUGGAAUGGAUGUGUGUAAAAUAGAUGGCUGUUAAGAAAGUCCUGGAGCUUCCUUAUAUACUUGGGGCUUAUGGAGUGCAAGAUUCAUCAAGAACCAAUGUUAUAUCCUGGAAUGGUACUGUACUAGCCAGAAAUGGACAACACCCAGCUGGAAUUGAAUUUGAGAGUUAGUCUUAAGAAGUUGCAAUACAUUUGAGGAUAGGCUCAGUGGUGACAAUUAAGAGGGGGUAGAAGCCCCAUUUUGGCUUUUCAGCUGCUGCCACAUGCAUAGAUUUCAAUUCCUGCCAUUAACAGUAUUGGUGAAAAAUGUAACAACCUGUCAUUAUAGUGAUCCUAGCUGUAAAGUUUAUGUUCUGAGCUCAGGGUUAUUGGGGAACACAUUUUUGCAUUCUAUUUUUAAAUUGAAAGAGAAAUAUACUAAAAUGAAGAUAUAAUUGUGCAUAGGAGAUAUGUUCCUAAAAAAUUAUGUGUAAAUCAAUAUGUUAAAAGCACCAGGGGAAAUUACUUUUUUAAGAUGAACUGUUAUGAAUAAUUCUGUAAAGCAAAUAACCACUUCUAUCUUAUCAUUCAGGAAUAGCAAAAUUUUCAUUCAUAAUCUCAUAAGAUUUGGUUAGAGCAAGAUCUAUCUGAGCUAGCUAAAUAGUAACAAAUAUUAAUCAUUAUGCUUAGCUACUUUUAUCCAUGACAUGCGCAUGGAUAUCUUUAUACAUAGUAUGUUUUAUAAUGUCUUUCUAAGAGAGAUAGUUUCAUAAUUUUGUAGUUCAUAAGAGAGGGAUGCAAUUUUCUAGCAUCUUCUAACCUUACCAUAAAUCAAUUAUGAAUACCUUUUAACGAAUCUAAAGGUAGGAUAAGCUUGCUGAACAAGAAGCUGGUAUUUAUUUACAUUGCUUAUUAUGCAAGUAAACUCAGAAAAUGUCACAAGCAUUGCAAAUUCAACUUUGAGGAAAAUGAGCUGAUUAGUUUAUAUGCUUAUAUUAGGAAAAUUGUAUGUAUAUGAAUAAUAAUUUCAAUAGAAAUGCUUUUCUAACACUAACAUUCAGAUGUGAAAUGAAAUACAAUAACUCCUCUGUAAAAUCUCUUUUUAAUUCUAAAAUUCUUUCACAUUCAUUUGUAUCUUGCUUAGGAUUUAACAUUGUUAAUUAUAAUAUUUCCAAUGGGUAAUUUUAAUCUCACUAACCAGAAGUAUAACUCUCAUUAAAAAGGAAAAUAAAAAAAUA